AUGGCCGCGUCUGGUGAGGAUGAUGCCUCCAAACAAGACCUCUUUCACCUCAUCAAACGCUUCGGAGCUUACGUUUCCUUCAAGAUCUCCGAUCUCUUCUCUCUCUCCUUCCAUAGCCUCGAUAUACGCACUGUUGGGGCGGUUGCUGGUCUUGCUGUUGCAAUUGUUUUCACAUGGAGGCUGUUGAGAUCUCCGAGUGAUAAUCAAGGGAGGCAAAGAAAACGGCAGGGUGCUGCAUCUAGUAAUCCUGGAGUCAGCAGCACACAUUCAAAUGCAUCGGUUGUUCCUUCUGAUGCUUGUUUACCUUCAGAUGAAUCAAGGGCGCAAAAUGUUGUCGAUGAGUUCUUUCAACCUGUCAAGCCAACCUUGGGGCAGAUAGUGAGGCAGAAGUUGAGUGAAGGAAGAAAGGUAACAUGCCGUCUUCUUGGAGUGAUUCUCGAGGAAAACAGUCCAGAGGAGCUUCAGAAACAAGCAACUGUGAGAUCCUCAGUGCUAGAAGUCUUGUUGGAAAUUACUAAAUUCUGUGAUUUAUAUCUCAUGGAGCGGGUUCUGGAUGACGAAAGCGAGAAAAGAGUUCUUGUUGCGUUAGAAGAAGCGGGGGUAUUCACUUCAGGUGGUUUGGUCAAGGACAAGGUUCUCUUCAGCAGCACUGAGAAUGGACGCUCGUCCUUUGUUCGGCAAUUGGAACCAGAUUGGCAUAUCGAUACAAAUCCCGAAAUCGUCACUCAGUUAGCUAGGUUUAUCAAGUAUCAGCUCCACAUAUCGCCGCAUAAAACAGAAAGAACUGCAGCUAAUGUGUUCAGCGCUCCAACCUUGGAACUCUUCUUCGGAUCUGCAUGA